GCUCAGGGUGACGCGGUCAUACGGCGAAGCCAAGCAGAAGCUGCCAAGAAAAAGCGGCUUCGCGAGGAAACCCUGGGAGGCCUCCUUCGGAGCAAAGGAUUCUUGUGGCUGGCGAACAGGCAUGACCUCAUGGGCAUCUUUAGCCAGGCUGCCAACAUGCUCACGAUCCAGUUUCCA